AUUGGUUUCUAACCUCAUUGGCGGGAUUUUAUCUCAACGUAUGACUGUUAAUUUUCUACUCCGCAUUGAAGUUAGCAGUUUCGUCUAAACGCAAAUGUCUGAUGAUAUAUGGGAGGAAAGUGUUGUUAAAGGAUUUCAUUUUGACUUGGAGGAAUCCGAUAACAUUUCAACUUAUAGUCAAAGUCUCGCAGAAUGUUUCACUGAGACAUUUUCCGAUGAACCAGUAGUAACAGACCUCAAUAGUCAGUUUUGUGCAAUAUGCCAUAAUUUGAUCACUAACCAAAUUUAUUAUGAAAAGGAUGCCAUCUUUUGUUGUGAGGCAUGUUGGCUGAAAGCUAUUACAAUUGCUCUUGAUGAUUUUGUUGUUGAGGGAAUGAGUACAUGGCCGUUGAGUACAUUUGUUUCACAAGCAUCUAAAGUUGUUCUUCUUAAUUUGGCCACACGUUCAUUUGAUGGUAAUUUAAUCAUAAAGCUUAUUAAUAAAUUUAGAAAUUCGUUUUCUGAAAGUGUCUUUCAACAUAUUUUAUUAAAAAAUCAUGUGGUUGCCUUACAUUUUAUUAAUUUUCUUAGAAAAACUGGACAGUUAGCAGAUUUAAAAAAAUAUAUGAAACUUCUUGGAUUUAUUAGAGAAAGUGAAAUACCAAGCUACAAUCAACUGAUGCAAAAAUUAAUGAAUAUGUCAACAGGUCAUGUUGAUGAAGUGAAUAAAUAUUUAAUGCAGAUUGCAGAAUCUGAUGUAGCUUCACAUUCAUCAAUGAAGCAUCUUGUUGAAAUCUCUUCAGAACUGGCUGUGAUCUUAGAUUAUCAAAACAGCUAUGAAAAAGAAUGGAAUUCAACUUACAAUGAACUUUCUUUAGAUGCAAAUGUUCGAAAAGUGACUGUGACACUACCUAACACUUUAAUCAUGCAACCAUUAUGUGAAACUCUUAGUGCAUUGGUUAGAAUGGAUCAGACGAUUAAAGCAAAUAAUAGUAGAGCUGAAAUUCUUGGGAAAAAGUGUAAAGUAUGUGUUUUGUGAUUAUUAAAUAGUUUAGCUAUAUUGAGGCAAUAGAUAUUUUUGUAUUUUCAAGUAUUGGUUUUGUAGGGAUUGUGUUUCAUUGGUUGGAAGGUUUGUAGUAGAUUUUCACGAUUUCGAAACUGUAUGGUAUCAAUAAUGCCGAAAAUAGUUAUGGCUGUGAUAGAUAUUUUGAUUAUUUGGAAAAUGUCACAAGAUUAAGCAGCAUGUGCUGCUCGGCUGCAAUUAUGCUUACAUAAAUUAGAGGCUAUCUUAAGCACUGAAUAUGAGCACAUCCGUAGUCUGAUUAAGUAGACAGUCAUUAUUAUUAUUUAUUCUUAUUUCUUCCCCACGUCGUGGAUGAAACAUAGGGCUUCAGCAGCACAUCUGCGUUCCAGUCAGGUAUCUACUACCAUUUUUAGUUGACUCAACGACUGACUACAAUGUUUAAUUCCCUUCUCCCUGUGUUACUCACGGACACCCAAUCCAUCGCUUACCAUAAAGGUUCGAAUGUGAAGGGCUCAGUGGUCUCCUGAAGGUAAGUCCAAUCCGCCUCCAUUCCAUUUGUAAUAGGCUGUUUGUUGGUUCGUUGCCAUAGUUACUUGUUGCUUAUUCUUUCUGGUUAGCCAUGUGAUCUUCAAUAUCGGACGAAGAAAUCCAUUGGUGAAAGUCUGCAGUAACUUUUUGGAAAUGCGUUUUGGUAACUUGUGUGCCUAUUCUCUGUACCAUACAGCAGCACUGACUUGACAUCAGUGUAGAUAACUUUGGAAUGUAUGGAAGCCUCAAAAGUUAUCUAUGCUGAUAAUAGAUUUAUUCAAAAAUCAUAUUUCCCUAUAAAAUCAAGUGUGCUUUCGUAAAUUAUUCGUAUACUUGUUCUUUUUCAAACUGAUGUCAGCUCAUGAUUAAAUCCUCCAUACAACUUUUCAAAUAAAUCAAGAAAUGUCUAAAAUUCUGCUUGUCAUUCAUUGGAAAAGGUAUUUACACAGUCAUGAGGGAAUUUUCAUUGUUUCUUACUGCAGUAACUUCCCCAGAGCUUAAUUUUGUACAUUAUCCGGUUACCAGUUGGUGACAACAAUCAGCAUUAAUUGCUUGUUAAAAAAAGUGAAUGAAAGUGUACUUCAUAAGCCAAAUAAUUAUAAUGGUACAAUUAUUGUCUUAUUCUUUUUACGGUUGUAUAAUGAAAUCAACGUGUGUUAUAAGUACCUAUAAACGGAGUUUUUUCUGCAUCAAACUGUACACAUCCUGUGAAUAUAUGUAGCACUCCUACUAGUUAGUUUUAUUGUUUCUUCAAUAGUGUCAACAGACGCCAUGUUAUGCAACAUCCAAGUACGGUUAUCUUCUUUGAAGUAACUCAGUAAAAAAAACUAUUAAGAUAUUCAGUUUAUUGAUAUUUGACUGACUUAAAAGUAAAUUUCAUCAUAAACAAAAACUACGUAGAGAAUCAGUAGGAUCCAGGGAACACUGGUCAUCAGUGCGAUCUUUAAAACUACAACUUCUUCAGGAGUCGUUAAGUUAUGAGACGAACACAUUAUUUAACCACUAGGUAAAAAUUCAAUUCCAACUUCUUUUUAGAGCUGCUUAGCUUUUAAUAAUUUUCCACUUGUAGUUAGUUAACUCAACAAAAUCUACAUAAAGCAAACGAAUCAGUUUGGAGAAUUUUAAAAACGCUUUUCAGUAUAAAAUGACAUCGACUAAGGAGAACCUUAAAAAGUUGAACAGCGCUAGACAGAAUUCACGAGCAAUUAUUAAACAGCUACUAAGUUUUGUAUCUUUUUUUCUAGUUGCUAUGAUUCUUUGGUAGGUAUUUUGAAAAUAAACAAGUUAAUUGGUAUGCAGAAUAGGAAAAUACCGUACUGUUUUUUAUAUCAGUAAACAUUAUUCGGAAGUCUUGAAAUUUAAAGUUUAAGUGAAAUAGGAUGUUGUUGUUGUUUACUAAUUUGAAGAUGUUUUAUUGUAUUGCUGUUUACUUUUCUAAAAUAUCGUCACCCUACAGCAACAAUUACUUUUUAUUCAAGUGUUGGUUUGUAAGAAUUUGAUUGGUUUACAGGAUUUCAUCAUGAGCUG